UUAACUGUAGGAAAUACUACAUGCAUUCAUAAAAGCUCGUGAAGAAAAUGGUAUACAAAGAAAUAUGCAUCGAAUUUGGUUUUUGCCUCUUAUUUCUGAGAUACGUCUUGUAUUACCUUGUUAACGUAAAUUUACAUGACUAAUGUUACUUGUUAAAAUGUUAACAUGCAUAAUGCAAUAAACUACAAGAUUAUUCGAACAUCUUUAUAUACGUAGGUACAACUUAACACUAUAAACAGGAUGACUACUGCAUAAAACCAGGUGCUCAGUGUAAAAUAACACACUUCAGUUCAACUCUGAUGCAACAAUCAUUUCCACAAGACUGCAAGAAAACUAGAUGUCACAUGAAAUUUAUGGACGAUGGAUUUCUGUAAGAUAUGCCUGUGAAUAGAGGUGGACAAGUUCCUUCCUCGGAGGAAGUUGAUAUAGGCCUUUCAACGCUUCCAUCAACGGAAUUCUCUCUUACUCCUACACGAAGAAUGGAGCGGGGAUGCUGCAAAGAUGUUCAAUCUCCUACUAGAUUCACAUUGACAAUUUUAUUUGUGAUUUUGAUUCUUAUUAGUUUAGUAUGUGUCAUAGUUGUAUUUCUUGAAAUAGGUGGCGCUAUUAACAUGGGUCCACCGUGCGAAAGCUCCAAAGCAGAACAUUCGAUAUCAGACGUCAUCUUGGAAAACGAUGGGGUAUUUGGAAAGACAACUGAUGGAAAAUCAAUUGAGAGCUUUACAUUCAAGAACAAAAAUAAGAUGGAAGUUACUGUUUUAACAUACGGAGGAACGAUCUCCCGAAUCCUAGUCCCCGAUCGUGAAGGAAACUUAGAUGAUGUCACCCUCGGGUUUGAUACAUUAGCAGAUUACGAAGGAUCAAAUAAUCCUUAUUUUGGUUGCAUUGUUGGUCGCUAUGCCAACCGUAUAGGAGGUGGUACUUUCUCUAUAGAUGGAGUCACUUACAAUACUCCAAAGAAUGAUGGCGACAACAGCCUUCAUGGUGGGAUAGAGGGAUUCAAUAAGAAAGUAUGGGAUGCCAAAAUGGAUGACGAUACCUUGGUGCUUACGUACGUUAGUGUAGACGGCGAGGAAGGGUUUCCUGGUCAGCUGACAACCCAAGUGACGUAUAAACUGACCAAUCAGAAUGAAAUUGUCAUCACGUUUGAGGCGACUACAACUCAGGCGACACCUAUAUCAUUAACCAAUCAUGCCUAUUUUAAUCUGGCCAUUCGGGACAGCAACGUACCUACCAUAUAUGAUCACCAAGUCUCCAUCAAUGCUGCAAGGUACACUCCGGUAGACAGUGGUCUUAUGGGUCUUAUACCAACAGGUGAACUGGCAACUGUAUCAGGUACUCUAUUUGAUCUCAAAACAUCAACAAUGCUGUCGGAGAGAAUAAACGAUAUCCCUGGAGGUGGAUACGAUCACAACUUCUGCAUUAAUGGGCCUACCGGUAGAAAGGUCGCUGCAAGGGUUGAGCAUGCUGCAUCUGGAAGAGUACUCGAAGUAUUCACAAACCAACCAGGAAUGCAGUUCUAUACGGGAAAUUUUCUUGGUGGAUUUGCUGGCAAGUCUGGCGCUAAUUAUACCCGCCAUACAGGAUUUGCCAUGGAACCCCAGACAUACCCUGAUUCACCAAACAAAGCCAACUUUCCCGAUGCCAUUCUCCAUCCGGGCUCUACUUAUAACCACGAGAUGACAUACAAGUUUUCUGUCAAAGCAUGA